AUGCGAUCAGCAAUCGUCUUUUCUCUUUUACUGUUCACUUCCUUUCUAUCCAUUGUCGAUGCAGAAUAUUGGAUCCCGAUGUACAAGAAGGAUACGCCCUACUGCAUGAAACGUUUGCUGAGAAGCGAAGGUUUUCAUCCGGGCCGACACAUCAGAGUUUCCUCUGAGCACGACAAAUAUGGAGACCGACGCCGAGUUGUGAAAGAUGGAGAUCCAUGGUGCACCUCUUCAGGCAAUCGCUUUGGGGAAUGGGUACAAGUGGACCUGGGUUCAAUGAAGCUGAUUUCAGGGGUUCUUAUAGAAGGAUGGAAAUGGGGCCAUAGUAAAGCACCCCCGGAUGUAGAAUGGAAUUCCAGAGUCACUCAUUACAGUGUAGAAUUUAGCCCUGACGGCCGGCUUUGGACUGUGAUUAAAGAUGAGAAUGGCCUGCCUCGGCAUUUUCACACCAUACGAGAAGACAAGUCUGUCCGUAAAAAUGAGUUCGAGGCCAGGGCUGGUUACCAGUCUUUCGAUCCUCUCCUACACGCGCGAUUUUUCCGCCUGAGGAUUCACGCGUGGCGACGUCAUCAGUGUCUUAGUAUGGAGUUGUAUGGAUGCGAGUCACACUGGGCCAUGGGUAACAUACAACUAAUGCAACCACAAAGAUCCAUAAACAUAGACUGCAUGAAACGUUUGCUGAGAAGCGAAGGUUUUCAUCCGGGCCGACACAUCAGAGUUUCCUCUGAGCACGACAAAUAUGGAGACCGACGCCGAGUUGUGAAAGAUGGAGAUCCAUGGUGCACCUCUUCAGGCAAUCGCUUUGGGGAAUGGGUACAAGUGGACCUGGGUUCAAUGAAGCUGAUUUCAGGGGUUCUUAUAGAAGGAUGGAAAUGGGGCCAUAGUAAAGCACCCCCGGAUGUAGAAUGGAAUUCCAGAGUCACUCAUUACAGUGUAGAAUUUAGCCCUGACGGCCGGCUUUGGACUGUGAUUAAAGAUGAGAAUGGCCUGCCUCGGCAUUUUCACACCAUACGAGAAGACAAGUCUGUCCGUAAAAAUGAGUUCGAGGCCAGGGCUGGUUACCAGUCUUUCGAUCCUCUCCUACACGCGCGAUUUUUCCGCCUGAGGAUUCACGCGUGGCGACGUCAUCAGUGUCUUAGUAUGGAGUUGUAUGGAUGCGAGUCACGUGAGUAG